AUGGGGCAGCAAUCGUUGAUCUACAGCUUCGUUGCUCGUGGAACCGUGAUCCUAGCGGAGUUCACUGAAUUCACCGGCAAUUUCACCAGCAUAGCUUCUCAGUGCCUUCAGAAGCUUCCCGCUACCAACAACAAGUUCACCUACAACUGCGAUGGUCACACUUUCAAUUACCUCGUCGAAGACGGCUUCACAUAUUGUGUCGUUGCUGUGGAAUCUGUUGGGAGACAGCUGCCAAUAGCUUUUCUUGAGCGAAUUAAAGAAGAAUUUACCAAGAAAUAUGGAGGAGGAAAAGCUGCUACUGCUGCUGCUAAUAGUCUUAACAGGGAAUUUGGGCCUAAACUGAAGGAACAGAUGCAAUAUUGUGUGGAUCAUCCAGAGGAGAUUAGUAAGCUUGCAAAAGUGAAAGCUCAGGUUUCAGAAGUCAAAGGAGUGAUGAUGGAAAACAUUGAGAAGGUUCUUGAUCGUGGAGAGAAGAUUGAGCUUCUGGUGGAUAAAACUGAGAAUCUGCGAUCUCAGGCACAAGAUUUCAGGACUCAAGGAACCAAGAUGAGGAGAAAAAUGUGGCUACAGAACAUGAAGAUCAAGCUCAUCGUUCUCGGCAUCAUCAUUGCCUUGAUUCUUAUAAUAGUGCUAUCGGUUUGUGGCGGUGUCAAGUGUCAUUGA